AUGGAGAAAGAUGGAUCUAAAAGCUUUGUGAAGAGAGUGGCUUCAUCUUUCUCCAUGAGGAAGAAGAAGAAUGCAACAAGUACAGGAGGAGGCAAUGAACCCAAGUUGCUUACAAGAUCGAAAUCAACAGGUUCUACUACUAACUAUGAAACCAAGAAGAUUCAAGAUGCUACAAUCAAAACAAGGAUCAAACCAUCAUCAUCUGGCGUAACACCGCUACCAAGACGGGAAAAGAUUGAUGAUCGUGGUGGUGGUGUGAGGAACAAGAGCUUUGGAAAGUGGAGAAGCUUUGAUGACUGUGAUUCAAUAUGGUUGUCUUCAGAUUGUGCGUCUCCUACUUCUCUUCUCGAGGAACGCAGGUUAUCUGUUGCGUUUCAUUUCUCGGUUGAUGAUAGUGUGGUCUCUUGGUUAUCAAACGUUGCCAAUUCCCUGAACCAUCAAGAAGCAGCUUCGGUGAAAGACCGUUGUAGAAUCCCAAGGAGCAGCAAAGAGAGUUCAGAGAAGAAAGUGAGCUUCUCACCCUCUUCAGGUGCACAACUUGACUCAGAGAACUCCUCUGAUGUUCCAUCUGAACAGAACAAUAACACAGCAACUUAUUUGCCUCAUGAGAUAAGUGCAGAGGUAUUGGAAUCUAAGAACAUUACUAAAGUUGAUGAGCCGCUUUUCUGGCCGUAUGAGCAGAGAUUUGACUGGACACCAGAGGAUAUCCUGAAGCAUUUCUCAAUGUCACCUCGGAGAAAGAAGCUAUUGAAUGCCAAACUGUCUGCAGGUACUUCCUCCCCAAGAUCCAUGAGAGCACAACUUCUCCAGGCAAGAAAAGUAGAUCUUAAAGAUGGGUCUAAAAGAAAGCUUCUGUUCAAUGGUCCUGUUACAAACGCUUCCAAGAAUCCAGAGCUCAAACGAACAGCCAGCAAUAGCAGCAGAAACAAGAAAAAUGACAGCAUCAUCAAGAACGAGCCCGUCAGGAACUGCGUGAAGAGGAACACAAGUUUGCCAUCAAGGUUGAGAAAAUCAAGCAAACCAUGUUCAAAGGUUGUACCUAUAGAAGCUGCUGAAGAAGUGAUUAUUUCAGAAGAACGAGCCAAAGCGGAAAUAACAACUAGAAAGCUGAUUAACCGCAGAAGCAAGACAAUGUUGGAAGAUGAUUUUGCAUUUUUGAAUGAUUUCUCGAUUGAAAAGGCAGUGGGGCUGGGUGAGUUUAAGGGUAGAGAGGGUAUAGAUUCAGAGUUUAACUCUGACACUUUCUUGUUCGAUGAUUCUCUUUGAAACUAAAGAGAAUAUAUAA